GAUUCCCUAUAUAAACCGAUCGUCAAGACCUGAACAAGAGCCCAAACCGUCCAACACCUUUGAGAAGACAGCACUUCCCCCACCACAACCUCCCGCACCUAAUGGAAUCGGCGGAUCUCCGGUAUGAGCCGCCGCUCCAACCUGUGAUGGACGCCUCCCGCGCAAGGACCCCAGAUUGCCAUCUCGUUGCCGUUGCGAAGCCGUUCAAAUCAACCAUCUUAACCCGGCUCCACGCGGGCUACUUCCGCAUAAGCCUCUCCCUCGCAAGCCAAGCCUUGCUGUGGAAGAUCCUCCGCCACCCGUCGGCAUCGGCCGACCACUCGCUGCCUCUCGAGCAUCUCUCUCACGUGAUCCCUCACUUGACCUUCAUGAUCUUUUGGGGCUUCGCUCUGCUGGUGCAGAUCUCGCUCUCGUUCCUCUAUAUUCUCCGGUGCUUCUUCCAUUCCGGCUUGGUGAGGGCGGAGUUCCAGCACCACGUGGGAGUGAACUACUUGUUCGCGCCGUGGAUAACGUGGCUGUUGCUGCUCCAAUCGACGGAGUUCUCGUCGGACUUGCCGAAGACGACGCUGUACUUGGUCCUCUGGUGGGUCCUCGCCGUCCCCAUGAUCUUGCUCGAUAUAAAGAUCUAUGGCCAGUGGUUCACGACCGAGAGGCGGUUUCUGUCCAUGGUGGCCAACCCGACGAGCCAGCUCUCGGUGGUGGCGAACCUGGUGGGAGCGCGGGCCGCUGCCGAGAUGGGGUGGCGCGAGAGCGCGGUCUGCAUGUUCUCUCUGGGGAUGGCGCACUACCUAGUGCUGUUCGUCACUUUGUACCAGCGGCUGUCGGGAGGCGAUAAGCUGCCGGCGAUGCUGAGGCCGGUCUUCUUCUUGUUCUUCGCGGCACCGAGCAUGGCAAGCGUCGCCUGGAAGUCCAUCUCCGGGGAGUUCGACAUCGGGUCGAAGAUGCUCUUCUUCCUCUCCCUCUUUCUGUUUACCUCCCUGGCUUGCAGACCGGCGCUCUUCAAGAAAUCGAUGAGGAAGUUCAACAUCGCAUGGUGGGCCUACUCGUUCCCGUUGACUUUUCUCGCCCUGGCGUCGUCCGAGUACGCGCAGCAAGUGAAGGGCGCGGUCGCUUCGGGGCUCAUGCUCGUGCUGGCGGCGCUCUCCUCCCUGGUUCUGCUCGGCCUCAUCCUGCUCACCGCGCUCAACACCGAGAGGCUCUUCCGCGAGGACGACCCGAUCCUGCGUUUCGACAAGGGGAAGAGGGCAAGGAAUUAGUCGCUUGGACGGAUUUUCCGACUCGCGUUUAUCACGAAAGACGGGUUGAGGAAUGCUAUAGACAGUACAUCGCACCGGUUUUGUAACUUUAGGUCAUUUGCAGA